AUGAACAGCCUCAUCCCCAUUCUUGUCGCGCUGGGUGCCGUCGCCCUCGCAUACACCUUCUUCACGGACCCUCUUCGCAAGAUCCCCGGCCCUCUUUCUGCCCGAUUCUCACGAUUAUGGAUGGUCCAACGUGCACGCAGCGGCGAUAUGCACACGACCAUGAUCGCUUUGCAUGCGGAGCAUGGCAAGCUUGUGCGCACAGCCCACAACGAAGUCAGCAUCUCAGACCCAGCAGCCAUCAAGACCAUCUACGGCGCAGGCUCUAAGUUCCGGAAGAGUGAUUGGUAUUCAGUCUGGCAAGGGCACCGUGCGUUCGAUCUUUUCGGGGAGAGAGAUGAGAAAGUCCACGGCAAGCAGAGGAGGCUUGUUAGCAAUAUUUACAGUCUGGACCAGUUGAAGAAGAUGGAGCCGUACGUUGACAGUACGUUGAAUUUAUUUCUUGAGAGGUUGAGUGAGGUUGGGAGAAAGGGCGCGGUCGAUAUGGGGACGUGGGCACAGAUGUUCGCUUUCGACGUCAUUGGCGAAGUCACAUUUUCUCGACGAUUCGGCUUCUUAGCCGCUGGCAAAGACGAUGGCUCCUUCUCUGCCAUCGACUCGGCUUUGGUCUCAGCCGCUUGGAUCGGCCAGACUCCUUGGCUUUACUGGCUCCACGACUUCUUCAUGCCCUACAUCGGUAACUACCUUGGUGUCAACAACCGUAACGGCUCACUACGUCAGUUCGCUGCGCGAGAGUGCGAUGCACGCAAAGGUCGAGGGAGCGAUCACCGCGACAUAUUGCACGCACUCAUGGAUGUCAAGGAACAGAAGCCGCAAGAGUUCGAUGACAAUGGCGUGCUGAGUAUGGCAGCGAGCAACAUUUUUGCCGGCAGUGAUACCACAGGAAUAAGCAUCGGUGCGAUACUCUACAAUCUUUGCAAGAACCCCGGCUGCAAAGAGAGGUUGUUGGAAGAGAUCCGAGAAGUAGUACAGAGAGAGGGGCUGGACACCAUGGAGAACAUGCCGUUCAAGGUAGGACAUGCGAUGCCUUACCUGCAAGCAUGCAUUUAUGAGGCGUUGCGGAUACACCCAGCAGUCGGCAUGUCGUUACCGAGGAUCGUUCCCCAGGAAGGCUUCGAAAUCGAUGGAACAUUCAUACCCGCUGGUACGAUUAUUGGUGCGAACCCUUGGGUCAUACAUCGACAGAAGGAGGUCUUUGGCAACGACUGUGACAUCUUCCGACCAGAGAGAUGGUUGGAGGGAGAUCGGAGCCAGAUGGGUGCGUAUCGUCCUCGUGAGUAAAGACGUUGCUAAUCGCAAUUUGCAGACCGCAACUUCUUCGCUUUCGGAAGCGGUUCUCGUACAUGUAUCGGAAGAAGUAAGUUGCUGUUCAUAUCACCCUGCAUACGCUAACAUGGCUGCAGACUUGAGCUGGAUUGAGAUGACAAAGUUCGUGCCUUCGCUCCUCAUGCACUUCGAUAUCGAGUUAGCACACCCAGACAAGAAGCCAGAGCAGCACUGUUGGUAUGUCUGCCCUACAUCUGCCACUCGAUAUUGCGAGGAAACUUUCUAACGCAAUCUAGGUGGUUUGUAAAGCAGGAAGGCCUCAAUAUGCGGCUUAUACCCCGCGUGCAGAGAAUCGACAGUCCUACGGCAUAG